GUGAUUCUGAUUUCCGUAUUUUGUGAUGUGAACUGUCGUCAUUGCAUUUUCCAAUAUAAUUUGUUUAAUUUGUCGAUGAUUUAAGUGAAUAUUAGAAAAAAUGGCGCAAUUGAUCGAUGUUUAUAACAGUGAAAAGGAACCAACAAUAAAAAGGCGGCAAUUACCUUUAACAAUCUAUGAUAAUCUAACCAUGAUUAUGGAUUUAAAUAUAAUGGGAUUGAUAUGUGAUAAUCCGCAAGUAAAAGGUCGCGAAUAUGAAGAAUUUAUGCGAAAAUAUAGAAUUCUCACAACUGAAGAGCUUAAGUCGGCAUUAAGAGUAGAUGCUUCAGACAUAUUUAAUGUUUUAAAUCAAAGCAUUCCUUGUGUUGGCUGUAGAAGAAGUGUUGAAAGAUUAUUUUACCAGUUGUGUAAGUCAGGACACCCGACAUUAGAUCCAUUAAUCCUAACUCCAAGUGAAAUUAUGACAAUAAGGGAAGAUAAAAUAAUGCAUCCACAGUCACUUGCAACUUUACUGAAUGGUCACAGUACAGGAUUAGAGUGUCUAAUUCUCAGUCAGCCUCGUUGGAAGAAGUCUCAAAGGUGUGCACUUCAUUCUCUGGAAGCAGGAUCUGCGAGAGGUUGGGCCGUGUCUCCAGGCUUUGCCUGGGGUUGGGGAUCAUGUGGGUGGGGCGGCCGAGCCGCGUGGAGGGCCGCUUGGGAUGCCAUGAGGACCUCUGCCAGAGAACAUGUCACACUAGUCCACUUUACCACACUUCAUGAUACACUCCAUAACUAUCUUAGAAAACAUCGCUUCUGUGCUGAUUGUAAAACAAAGGUCCUGAGGGCCUACCAACUGCUUGUUGAAGAAAAAGAACCCCAAAAGGAAAAGGGUUAUGUAGGUGCAUUAUAUGGCGGUAUUAAAAGAUGUCUACUUGAUAAACAUCUCCAUCUCCAAGCCAAGACAGAUUACAUUGCACAUCUAAUAGCUAGAGCUGAACCUGAACUAAUGGGCAACCAUCGUGAGAGACAUGCUAAAACACUAGAAAUUGCACAGGAAGAGGUCCUUAUUUGCCUUGGUAUAUGUAUAUACGAAAGAUUACAACGCAUUUCACUAAGGUUACGCGAAGAAGAAGGCAUGUGUCAAACAUUAGCCGCUAUAAGUGUUGAAGCACUGUAUCGAAAAUUUGAAACAGCUGUUGAACUUAAAAGUGGUGUUUCUAAAUUACAAUUAUUGUAUGACGAGAUAACCCAAGAAGAACUAUCUAGACAGCAAAGGAAAGAGCAGAAGAAACUGAAACGGCGCAAGAAGAAAGAGAGGCAGUCAAUAGAAAACAAGUGUAAAGAGGUUGAUUCUGAAGAACCAGAAGAGAAGUGCCAAUGUGAUGAAUGUUUACAAGAAGAUUUGGAUAUACCUACCAACUUACUAGCACCAUCAACCUAUAGCCAUUGUUACGAAGUAAUGCAAACAAAUGCCAAUGGUUGUGAUUCAUGCCAAGAUGAUUUCAUUGAACACUCGCCUAAGAAAACUGUUAAAAAACGAUCGAAAAAAGGCAAUCAGUCACCAAAUGAUCACUCACAAGACUGUGGAUACUCUUCAGGAAACAAUGGAGGAUGUUGUGAGACAAUGUCAGGUGCAUCAUCGCUAUUGAGUUCUCCGGAAGGCUCAGAAGUAGCUUGUUCAGAAGGUUUCUGUAACCAUGAGGGAGGAGAUUGCAUAGAUUUGAGCAAGAAUGACAAACUGUUAUGUACUGGGUUUACAUUAUCGCUUCAAGAAAUGCUGGACACCUGUUCUACAGAUGAAGAACAAGACACAAGUUAUAUUCCAAUAGAAGAAGUAUUGGAAUUCAAAUCAAGGAGAAAUAUAACAGAGAAAAGGCAGGAGUUGAGACAAAAUUUACGUCAAAAGUUUGCUCAGUUAUGUGUUAAUACUCCUCAAACACUGCAAAAGCAGGAAAAAAAGUAGAUUAACUGUUAUUAUAAUAAGAGUUUACAAGAACAUUCAAACUGCACUAUUCGUAUUUUUUUUAGUCAUCAAAAUUCGAUUACAUCAUUAUAUUUUGUAAAAUUUUAUUUUGUGUGUGAAAGAAUUUAAGUGUGUGCCAAUCUUUUAAAUAGGAUAUUGAGAAAGUAGUAUUAUUGAGUAAUGACACCAAGAGCCCACUGUACCCGAUGUUGAUUGGGAUCAUAGGUACUUUGUCAGUUCGCCUUGGCCAUACAACUCAUUGUGGCCCCUGGAUCUUCUGUUAUCUACACACCAAGUUUCAUCAUAAGCACUUCAGUAGUUUAUGCUAUACAACCCUAGAUUUCAAGAAUUUUUCAUAUUGUGUUAAUAGGUGCAUGUCUGUUUACUAAACUGCCAACAAGUGUUGCUAUUUCAAUUAGAGUAAAUUCCAUCUUAAAUUUUAUUUACUCAGACAUUUUUUGAAAUUACACAUUUGUCUUCAGUUUGUUACCAAAAUUAGGAAAGAAUGAUUUAUAAAAAGAACAUAACUAUUCUUAUUAGUAAAUCUGUGCAGUCAGAAGUUGCCCAAAUGGAUAGAUUAUACAUAGAAUUGUAACUAAUGUAAACAGUGUCAAAGUAUAAAAAUUGGACAUGGAUAAGGAAGUGGAAAAAGAGGUUAAAAAUUGGGUAAAAGCUUUCCUAGCUAACACAUCUAGGAGAGAGUAAUGCAAUGGAAAAUAUCUAUGAAUGUGAUUAUUAGAACAUUAUUGUCAAUAUUUAUUUAUUUUUAACAUUUAUAUAAUUUUUUAUGUGUUUACACCCUGAUCACAUUUGACAAUUGUUAGAGAACAAUAAUUGAUAGAGAUGUUUAAUAGUUAAGACAAAGGUGCUUCUAGAAUGGCUAAUGUGAAAUACAUAUUAUAUGAACUGAAAUGGCUAUUUUAAGUCAUGUGCAUGUUUGAAUGAUUCCAAUUAUUGUUUAUAUCAUAUUACUCAUAACUUAACUGGAUAAAAACCAGCAUUUAUCAAAUAUUUACUAUUAAAUUAAUAGACAGCUUUGUAAUAAAAUAUAGUAGCAAUUUUUGAUCAAAAUAUAUUAUUUUAAUUGCUUUUACUUGAUGUGGUUAACCCUGAUUUAAUUUCAUUAAGAAAGGCUUAUAGCAUGUUGAAUAAUUGGCCAUUUUGCCUUUGUUAUAAAUCAGGAAAAUACAUUUGUAAUUCAGUUUUAAAUAUAAUAUGAUGCAAAUAAAA